AAAUCCUUGUUUCCUCAUUUUAGGAUUACAUUUUCUGUGAUUGAGUUGUCUAUUUAGAAGAUUAAACCCAUUUCAAGAAGUCUUGGAGCUGGUCCUUGCCUUGAGGAAAUAGUGGCCUGUUUCAAGAAGCUACUUCUGAUCUAAGAAUCUACCCAGCAUGCCUAAUCAAGGAGAAGACUGCUAUUUUUUUUUCUAUUCUACAUGUACCAAAGGUGACAGCUGCCCAUUCCGUCACUGUGAAGCGGCACUAGGAAAUGAAACUGUUUGCACAUUAUGGCAAGAAGGGCGCUGUUUUCGACAGGUGUGCAGGUUUAGGCACAUGGAGAUUGAUAAAAAACGCAGUGAAAUUCCUUGUUAUUGGGAAAACCAGCCACUGGGAUGUCAAAAACUAAACUGUGCUUUCCAUCACAACAGAGGGCGUUAUGUUGAUGGCCUUUUCCUACCUCCAAGCAAAACUGUGUUGCCCACUGUGCCUGAAUCACCAGAAGAGGAAGUGAAGUCUAGCCAGCUCACAGUUCAACAGAAUAAAUUGUCUGUCCAGUCUAAUCCCUCCCCUCAGCUGCGGAGUGUUAUGAAAGUAGAAAGUUCUGAAAAUGUUCCUAGCCCCACGCAUCCACCUGUUGUAAUCAAUGCUGCAGAUGAUGAUGAAGAUGAUGAUGAUCAGUUUUCUGAGGAAGGUGAUGAGACCAAAAUACCUACCCUGCAGCCAACUCCUGAAAUUCAUAAUGGAUUACGAGUGGCUUCUGCUCGAAAACCUGGGGUCAAUUUAAAGCAAGGUGAAUGUUUGAAUUUUGGAAUAAAAACUCUUGAGGAAAUUAAAUCAAAGAAAAUGAAGGAAAAAUCCAAGAAGCAAGGUGAGGGUUCUUCAGGAGUUGCCAGUCUUUUACUCCAACCUCAGCCCAUUCCAGGUCCUGAAAAGGAGAAUGUCCGGACUGUGGUGAGGACAGUGACUCUGUCCAGCAAACAAGAAGAACCCUUGGUUAGAUUGAGUCUUACCGAGAGAUUGGGGAAACGAAAAUUCUCAGUAGGUGGUGACAGUGAUCCUCCAUUAAAACGUAGUCUUGCACAGAGGUUAGGGAAGAAAGUUGAAGCUCCAGAAGCUAGCACUGACAAAACACCAAAGAAAGUUCUAGUAUCCAAGUCUCUGAAGGAGCGAUUAGGCAUGUCAGCUGUUCCAAACAAUGAGGAGGCAACAGAGAGGGUUAAUAAAGUUGGCGAGAUCCAUGUGAAGACAUUAGAAGAAAUUCUUCUUGAAAGAGCCAGUCAAAAACGUGGAGAAUUACAGACUAAACUCCAGACAGAAGUACCUUCAAAAGCAGAUGAUUCUACUUCAGGAACAAGAAACUCCUCCACUAUUCGAAUCAAAACUUUCUCUGAAGUCCUAGCUGAAAAAAAACAUCGGCAGCAAGAAGCAGAGAGACAAAAAAGCAAAAAGGAUGCAACUUGCAUCAAGCUAAAAACUGAUAGUGAAAUUAAAAAAACAGUGGUUUUGCCUCCCAUAGUUGUCAACAAAGUACAGUCAGAGGAGCCUGCAGGUAGAGCAAAGUCUAUGCAGGAAGUGCACAUCAAGACGCUGGAGGAAAUUAAACUGGAGAAGGCAUUGAGGGUGCAGCAGAGCCCAGAGAGCAGCACCAGCUCCCAGCCUCAACCUGAGGCCACUCUGGGGACAAGGCGGCUGCUCCGAAUUACCAAACGAACAGGUGCAAAAGAAGAGAAGAAACUUCAGGAAGGAAGUGAAGUUGCUUCUCAGAGCACUGUUACUAGAACAGAGACUAAAGAGGCUUCAGGUGAGACCAUAGCAGUUGACAUCAAUAAAAUCCAAGUCAAGAGAUGUGAGACCAUGAGAGAGAAGCACAUGCAGAAACAGCAGGAGAAGGGAGCCUCACAGAAGGAAAAAUCAGUCUUGACACCCCUUCAGGGAGAUGUAGCCUUUUACAAUACCCAGGUGGCCGAGAAACCAGCACUCACUGCUGUGCCAGGCAUCACACAGUACUUGACCAAGCGGCUUCCCACAAAGUCAUCCCAGAAGGCAGAGGUAGAAACCUCAGGGAUUGGGGACUCACUAUUGAAUGUGAAAUGUGCAGCGCAGACCUUGGAAAAAAGGGGUAAAGCUAAACCCAAAGUGAAUGUGAAGCCAUCUGUGGUUAAAGUUGUCUCAUCCCCCAAAUUGGCCACCAAACGUAAGGCAGCGGAGAUGCAUCCUGCUGUCAUUGCAGCUGUGAAGCCACUCAGCUCCAGCAGUGUCCUGCAGGAAAGCCCAGCCAAAAAAGCAGCUGUGGCUGUUGUCCCACUCCUGUCUGAGGACAAAUCAGUCACUGUGCCUGAGACAGAAAAACCUAGAGACAGUCUUGUGCUGCCUGCAACUCAGUUCCCUUCAGAUCUCUCACCUUCGGAGGUAUCUGGCCCUUCCUCAUCUCAAGUGGCCACAAAAACUCGCCGACUCAGUACUGCCUCAACAGGAAAGCCCCCUCUCUCUGUGGAGGAUGAUUUUGAGAAACUAAUAUGGGAGAUUUCAGGAGGCAAAUUAGAAGCUGAGAUUGACCUGGAUCCUGGGAAGGAUGAAGAUGACCUUCUGCUUGAGCUAUCAGAAAUGAUUGAUAGCUGAAGGUGGUAGUGAGAACACUUAAAAACAAACAAAAACUCACCAAAAAACUGGACUUAGUUUCAUCUAUUAUAACAUUUACCUGAGCUGAUCAUUUCUUUAGUCUAGAAUUUGCCCCAAAUCGGAAGUAUACCUCUGAAUUAUCUGUAUAUGUCCUGGAUUCCUUGGAGUCAGAUUUUUAGUCACUUGAUAACCAUUUUGUCCACUUGGUGCCAUUGUUUAAGCAUCUUUCAGAAAAAAUUUCUGUUGUACCUUUCUCUCCACAAAAUAGAGACUAAGAGGGAGAUAAAGUGAAAGUGCAAGAGAACUUAAUGACUCCUUGAGGUGUUUGUCAGUUUUGACUUUUUCCCCCUUUGUUGUAUUCUUUCUUUUAUGUGUUGUCUUGAUGUACUUAUAUUACCUGAGUUGGAAAUGGAUGAAGACAGCUGCUACCAUUAAGGACCAAAUUUCAUGCUACCACUAAACGAAAAAAAAAAUCCACUCAGUCUGUGUUAAAUUGUAUGUCUUUUUAAAAGGUAUUUGGAGAUUCACCUAAGCUUUAAUGAGGGCUGAGCAGCUCAGGAGGCCUGUAACAUGGACAUAACUCUUUGGACCUGAUUUUGAUGCUUCUGCUGUUCUGCAAGCCUCUGAAGAGCAAUAUCUAAUUUAUUAUUACUGUAAUUUUUUUAAGGCUUUAAAGUGCCUCAGGGAUCCCCUGAAACUAAUUUUCUAUUUCUGGGAUUCCCUGGAUUCUUUAUAAGAGAUGGCAAAAUGAUUAGAGGAAUUCUUUAAAAGUUGUCCCUUCUCUUAAUACUUGCCUCCUACUGGCACUGACAUCACAGGGACAAAAAUUGGUUAAUUUGUUAUUUCUAACUCUCCCAGCAAACUCCUCUUGUAUUUAUUUGGUGCCCUUUUUUAGCCACCUGAGAGAAAAAAAUGAACUCACUCAAGCUGCCAAUAUUUAUCUAUGGACCAUAGCAGUACACUGAAUUGUACUGUAGCAGGGAUUUUGAGAUACUCUGGAGGUGUAUUGUAUACCUUCCAGUUUUCUUCAUUUCUGAAUUGAAAUUUUGUUUUCUUGAUGUUGGUCUCCUUCAUAUCACCUCAAGGUUUAGACGUGUGAAAGAGCAAAUAUGAUGGGGAUAAUAGUCUUAGAAGGAGACAAAAUUGUACAUAAUUGGAAGGAGGAGGAAAGGAGUAUUUGUCCAUUUUGAUAUUUUGCUGUAGGUGGCCAGUUUUGUUUCUCAUCGGGAAAUCUGACCCACCUGUCGUGUUGGCUCCUAAGGAACUGCUGUUGUAAGCGGCUCAUCAAGAGUUGAACUUCAUGUAGCCUUGUUGGGAAUAUGGAAAAGGAAGAAAGCCACAGGACUGCCCAUUCGGUCUUGGGAAGACCUGGAUGAUUCUGCACAAGCAAAAUGACUUGAAAUUUAUGUAUAGACACACCUCUACCAAUCCAUCUUCAGCCGACUGAAUGUUGUAUGAUAGCCCUUCUCCAAAGCAGGGGUGGAAUGUUCUGGUUUCACCACAGAUUUUCUACUCAUUUCAUUUUUGGAAUCAGCUUAUAGAUUCCAGGUCCAUUUUGUAUAUAACCUUUAUUCUUUUGCAUUUUUAAAAAUAAUUUUGUUUCAUAUUUAAAGCACUUGUAUUAGUCAAUGAUUCAUGUUCAGCAUUAUUUGAACCAUUUGCCAUUACACAAAGAGAAAUACUUAUUUGUGUUUUAAAUAAAACUGAUGUAGGAAAGUCUUAA